GCGCAGUGGGAGGGGUGAGGAGGCGGAACGGGGCGGAGGAAAGGAGAAAAAGGCGCUAGGGCCCCGCGGGAGGAAGUGCGGGAGCUCUCGACUCUCCGCUGCGCGGCCCCUGGCGGGGGGAGCAGCCAGGUGAGCCAAAGAUGCUGCUGCGCUCGAAGCCUGCGCUGCCGCAACUGCUGCUGCUGCUCCUGGGGCCGCUGGGUCCCCUCUCCCCGGGCGCUCUGCCCGGACCUGCGCAAGCACAGGACGCCGUGGACCUGGACUUCUUCACCCAGCAGCCGCUCCACCUGGUGAGCCCCUCGUUCCUGUCCAUCACCAUCGACGCCAACCUGGCUACGGACCCGCGGUUCCUCGUCUUCCUGGGUUCUCCAAAGCUUCGUACCCUGGCCAGAGGCCUGUCUCCUGCGUACCUGAGGUUUGGUGGCACCAAGACAGACUUUCUAAUUUUCGAUCCCAAGAAGGAAUCAACCUCUGAAGAGAGAAGUUACUGGCAAUCUCAAGUUAACCAGGAUAUUUGCAAAUCUGGAUCUAUCCCUCCUGCUGUGGAGAAGUUGCAGUUGGAAUGGCCCUACCAGGAGCAAUUGCUGCUCAGAGAACACUACCAGAAAAAGUUCAAGAACAGCACCUACUCAAGAAGCUCUGUAGAUAUGCUGUACACUUUUGCAAAUUGCUCAGGACUGGACUUGAUCUUUGGCCUAAAUGCAUUAUUAAGAACAGCAGAUUUGCAGUGGAACAGUUCUAAUGCUCAGUUGCUCCUGGACUACUGCUCUUCCAAGAGGUAUAACAUUUCUUGGGAACUAGGCAAUGAACCUAACAGUUUCCUUAAGAAGGCUGAUAUUUUCAUCAAUGGGUCGCAGUUAGGAGAAGAUUUUAUUCAAUUGCAUAAACUUUUAAGAAAGUCCACCUUCAAAAAUGCAAAACUCUAUGGUCCUGAUGUUGGUCAGCCUCGAAGAAAGACUGCUAAGAUGCUGAAGAGCUUCCUGGAGGCUGGUGGAGAAGUGGUUGAUUCAGUUACGUGGCAUCACUACUACUUGAAUGGACGAACUGCUACAAAAGAAGAUUUUCUAAACCCUGAGGUACUGGACAUUUUUAUUUCAUCUGUGCAAAAAGUUUUCCAGGUGGUUGAGAGCACCAGGCCUGGCAAGAAGGUCUGGUUAGGAGAAACAAGCUCUGCAUAUGGAGGCGGAGCGCCCUUGCUAUCCGAUACCUUUGCAGCUGGCUUUAUGUGGCUGGAUAAAUUGGGACUGUCAGCCCGAAUGGGAAUAGAAGUGGUGAUGAGGCAAGUAUUCUUUGGAGCUGGAAACUACCAUUUAGUGGAUGAAAACUUCGAUCCUUUACCCGAUUACUGGCUAUCUCUUCUGUUCAAGAAAUUGGUGGGCACCAAGGUGUUAAUGGCAAGUGUGAAAGGCCCAACGAGAGGGAAUCUUCGAGUAUACCUUCAUUGCACAAACAUUAACAAUCCAAGGUAUAAAGAAGGAGAUUUAACUCUGUAUGCCAUAAACCUCCAUAAUGUCACCAAGUACUUGCGGUUACCCCAUCCUUUUUUUAACAAGCAAGUGGAUAAAUACCUUCUAAGACCUUUAGGACCUGAUGGAUUACUCUCCAACCCCUGCUGUCUCUCCCCUACUCCCGCCAACUGCCUCCAGUGUGUGAUGCUCCUCUCCCUGAGUCCACAUGUUCUCAUUGUUCAACACCCACCUAUGAGUGAGAACAUACGGUGUUUGAUUUUCUGUUCCUGUGUCAUUGCUGAAAAUGAUGAUUUCCAGAUUCAUCCAAGUCCCUACAAAGGACAUGAACUCAUCGUUUUUUAUGGUGGCAUAGUAUUCCAUGGUGUAUAUGUGCCACAUUUUCUUUGUCCGGUUUAUCAUUGAUGGGCAUUUGGGUUGGAUCCAGGUCUUUGCUAUUGUGAACAGUGCUGCUAUGAACAUUCGUGUGCAUGUGUCCUUAUAGUAGAACUAUUUAUAGUCCUUUGGGUAUAUACCCAGUAAUGGGAUUGCUGGGUCAAAUGGAAUUUCUAUUUCUAGGUCCUUGAGAAAUCGCCACACUGUCUUCCAUAAUGGUUGAACUAAUUUACACUCCCACCAACUGUGUAAGAGUGUUCCUAUUUCUCCACAUCCUCUCCAGCAUCUGUUGUCUCCAGAUUUUUUAAUGAUCACCAUUCUAGCUGGCGUGAGAUGAUAUCUCAAUGUAGUUUUGAUUUGCAUUUAUCUAAUGACCAGUGAUGAUGAGCAUUUUUCCAUAUGUUUUUUGGGAGACAGAGUUUCACUUUUGUUGCCCAGGCUGAAGUGCAAUGGCAUGAUCUUGGCUCACCGCACGCAACCUCCACCUUUCCUGCCUCAGCCUCCCAAGUAGCUGGGAUUACAGGUGCCUGCCACCACACCCAGCUAAUUUUUGCAUUUGUAGUAGAGAUGGGGUUUUGCCAUGUUGGCAAGGCUGGUCUCAAACUCCUGACCUCAUGAUCCGCCUGCCUCUGCCUCCCAAAGUGCUGGGAUUACAAGGUGUGAGCCACUGUGCCCAGCUGAGAGAUUUUUUUAAGUGAAAAAGGUAUAUAAUAAUGCUACAUGGAAAAAUAUCUAACAUUAGAGAAUUAAGUAAAUAAGCUAAUAUACUCACACCAUGGAAUCUUGUGCAGUCAUUAAAAUUAUGUAGUGGAUGAAUGUUUAAAGGUAUGAGAAAAUCUUAGGAUAUGCUAGGGUGGAGGGGAAGAGUAAAGUUUUAAGAAAAUACAGUAUACCCAUACUUAAGUAAAAAAAAAAAAGAAAGAUGUGUACAGUCAUGGGUUGCUUAAUGAUGGGGCUACAUUCUGAGAAAUGGGUCAAUAGGUGAUUUCAUCCUUGUGUGAACAUCGUAGAGUGAAUUUACAUAAACCUAGAUAGCCUAGCCUCCUAUACAUGGAGGCUGUAUGGUAUAGCCUGUUGCUCCUAGGCUACAAACCUGUAAAACAUGUUACUGUAGAGAAUAUACAAAUACCUAACACAAUGGCAAGUUACCAUUGCGUUAAGUAGUUGUGCAUCUAAACAUAGAAAACUAAUGUGUCAUGCUAUAAUGUUACAGUGGCUGACAUUGCUAGGCAAUACGAAUUAUUCACUGUUGGAAUUAAAAAUAAUUUUAUAAUUUUAUGGGACCACGCUCAUAUAUGCAGUCUGUGGUGGACCAAAACAUCAUUACAUGGCAUAUGACCAUAUGUAUGUACAUAAAAAAUAGAAGAAAAAAUGAAUAUACAUCAAAAUGUUUAAAAUGGUUAUGAUGACUUAGGUUACUUUUCUUAUAUUUAUCUGAGUAAUAAUAAUGAUAGAUAAUACUUUUAUAGUGUUGACUACAUAAAAGGCCCUGUUAUAAGUGUUCUACAUACACUACAUGUAUUAAAUGGCAUAAAUAUAACUCUGACAGUAACUAAUCUUAUAAGUUUUCUUUU